ACAGGAGUGAGGAACACACCUUUUGUUACUUGCGCCGCGACGGGGAGUCUUGUUGUAUGUAUUGGGGUGACGUCGCUCCGUUGCGACGACUACUACAUGUCAAAAACGUUAAGUGUGGUGCAGUGAGGCAGGGUUUUUUUAUUCUUAUAUUCGGUGUCCAAAGGAUUUCCAAACUCUGAAAUCCAGGAUGCUGGCGUUAAUAAAUCGAAUUCUCGACUGGUUCAAGUCAUUAUUCUGGAAGGAAGAGAUGGAACUUACUUUGGUUGGAUUACAAUACAGUGGGAAGACAACUUUCGUUAAUGUCAUAGCGUCAGGACAAUUCAGCGAAGAUAUGAUUCCAACUGUUGGCUUUAACAUGCGCAAAAUCACUAAAGGCAACGUUACUAUCAAAGUAUGGGACAUCGGUGGACAACCCAGAUUCAGAUCAAUGUGGGAACGUUACUGUAGAGGCGUCAAUGCCAUUGUUUAUAUGGUCGAUGCGGCAGAUUCAGAAAAAAUUGAAGCUAGUCGCAACGAAUUGCACAAUUUAUUGGAUAAACCACAGUUGUCCAGUAUUCCUGUUCUCGUUCUUGGUAAUAAAAGGGAUUUGCCUCAUGCUCUGGAUGAGAACGGACUGAUAGAUAGAAUGAAUCUUUCGGCCAUACAAGAUCGCGAAAUCUGUUGCUACAGUAUUUCGUGCAAAGAGAAGGACAACAUAGACAUAACGCUUCAAUGGCUAAUAGCGCAUUCGAAGAGUGGUGUUCGCUAAUGCGCGCGAUAUUUCCCAAUCAAUCGUUUUCUUAAUAUGACAGUUAACGAGAUUGUGAACAGUAACCAAAAAAAGACAAGAAAAAAGAAAGAAGCUAAGGUAAAAUAUGGAAAAAGCGUUUGAGAUGAAAAAUAAUAAUAAUAAUAAUAAUAAUAAUUAGAGAUCGGGAACAAUCGUGCGAGGAUUGGAUGUUCGUGAUGUUUUGUUUAUAGUGCGUCACUAGUAUACACGAGAUAAAAAAUAAAAUAAACGACGAGGAUUUUUUUGAAAAUUUGCUUAAGCCGCUAUUGAGUAUAUAACGUGUACUGAUGGUGCAAAAAGUCUGCAAAAGAUCAGGAAAAUAGCUUGUUGCGAGAGACCCUCAUACGAAUUAUUAUUAAACGGCACAAUCGCCGCAGGCACGUAGGCUAUAAGGGAGGAGGUUUUUUAAAAUAUAUAUAUAUAUAUCAUUUUUUUUUGUUACUGGGUACUUGUGCUCAUUGUUUCAACGUUACCAUCAUUACUAUACCGUCGUUUAGCCGAGAAUCGACGUAAUUAUAGACACGAUUGUGUUGUCGGGUAGCUAAUGCAACUUUCUGGCGCAAAAGUAUGAUAAAUAUAUUGAAAGAAUAACAAAAAAUAUAUAACAUAUUAUCAUUAUUAUACAUGUGAAAUUCAGUCUCGAAAUAACGGGAAGAAAAUAUAAAAAGUAAUUAAUGAUAUUGAUGAAACAAAAUUUUAGAGACCGAACAUCAUAGAAGAAAAAAAAAACAAGAAAAUCAUGAAAAAAAAACAGAUAGCUGAGAACGCCGCCGUUGCCGCCGCAUAUUCACCAUAUAUAACUAUACAUUUAUAUUAUUUAGAUCGAUUAACGAUGUAACGUUGAUUUAUUAUCAUUCUCUGAUAAAAAGUGUCAUAUGACCGUUGUGUUAUGUAUAUAUAAAGACAUAAACUGAUGUACUGUAUUUCGAACAAUUAUAAAGAUACGGUCUUUUGACGAA